AUGUUUGCUCGCUUGUAUUUGCACGUGUGCACUGAAUCGCCUAACCUUAACUUAAAUUUGAGCAAUGCUUGCAUGUACUCUACGUACGAUUGUCAGGUGGCGACGAAAGUUGAAGAUGGGAGUGUAAAUGAUCAGAUGGCAGAUCAACGUGAUAAGCCCGAUGAGGCAUGUGGGACAACUGAAAGAAAUAAGAAGACGAACGUGGAGGAAGACAGCAUGACAGUUGAAGAAGAAAAAGACAAGGCUAGCCCAAGGAAAGAGACCAUUGAAUAUAAAACUGCUAAACUUUUGAAAAAAAACGAGAGAUUGAGAUCUGAGAGAACAUGUUGCUACUGCAGUAUCAACGAGUUUGAAGUUUUGGCCCAGCCUUGCUGUCAUCGCAUGUGCGUAAAAUGCUUGAAAGAAAUUGGAACCUGUUGUGACCGAGUCGUGACACGUCUAAGAGAUGAAAUGUAUUAUAUUCAAAUUACAGGCAUAAAUAUCACUGCCCCUUUAUGCGACAAUGUUUGA